ACUCAAUAAAUUUCUGGAACCCCCACCAUCCCCUUUUACCUUCAUCUAUAAAUAAUCCCUUCAUUUCUCUCACACUUCCUUCUUCAUUGUCUCCCAUCUCUGUUAUCUCUCAAUUCUCAUCAUCCAAUUUUCUAUAUUCCCUGAAAAAUCACGACGACCCACUUUUUAAUUUUCAAAUUUUCGUUAAAAUCUCGUAUAUAAUCAUCAUCUCAUAUAAUACCUUGGAUUAAUUUUACAUUUAAAGGGUUUAAUUCAAUUAUAAUGGUGGUAGAAGAUAUGAGGAUCAUGGAAUUGUUGGAGGAAAACAGAGAUUUAAAAAUGGAGGAGGAAAAACAAGAAGAUGAAGAGAAGAACAGAACGGCGUUGUUUAAAGUGUUUCCAGAACCUUCGAAACUCAUUGUAGGAUAUGCUCUUACUUCCAAGAAGACAAAAAGCUUUUUACAACCCAAACUUCAGGGUCUCGCUAGGCUGAAGGGUAUAAUAUUUGUUGCUAUUGAUAUUGACAUGCCUUUAUCAGAACAAGGUCCAUUCGACAUUGUAUUGCACAAGUUAACUGGAAAGGACUGGCAGCGGGUUCUUGAGGAUUACCGACAAACACAUCCUGAAGUUACCGUGCUAGAUCCACCAGAUGCAAUACAACAUCUACACAAUCGGCAAUCAAUGCUGCAGGUGGUUGCUGACUUGAACCUCUCUGGCACUUACGGAAAUGUUAAUGUUCCCCAACAGUUGGUCAUCAAAAAGGACUCGUCUUCCAUUCCAUUAAAAGUUGCCAAGGCAAUGUUGAACCUUCCACUUGUAGCGAAGCCCCUAAUUGCUGACGGGAGUGCAAAAUCACACGAGUUAUCACUUGCUUAUGACCAGUAUUCUCUUCAAAAACUGGAGCCCCCUCUCGUAUUACAAGAGUUUGUAAAUCAUGGUGGCGUACUUUUCAAGGUUUUCAUCGUAGGAGAAGCUAUCAGAGUAGUGAGGCGAUUCUCACUACCCAAUGUUACUAAACGUCAACUGUCUAGAACCAGUGGUGUAUACCGCUUUCCACGGGUAUCUUGUGCUGUAGCAUCUGCAGACGAUGCAGAUUUGGAUCCGAAUGUUGCUGAGCUACCUCCCCAACCCUUGCUGGAAAAACUUGCUAGAGAACUCAGACGUCGACUGGGUCUCCAGCUUUUCAAUUUAGACAUGAUACGCGAAUAUGGGACACAGGAUAACUUCUACGUUAUCGAUAUAAACUACUUUCCUGGUUAUGGCAAGAUGCCAGAAUAUGAGCAUAUAUUUACCGACUUCCUACUGAGCCUUUACAGAGGAAAAGGUACAAGAAUCAUUUAACAACUAGACAGUAAAGCUGUUGAAACUCGUACAACUAUAGAAGCUUAUCGAGUACCAUAAGCACGUUUCAAAAGGCCUCCUGCGAAACGAGAAAUCUGAAGAUUAGCACAUUGCGGUUUGCAUUGCAAGCAUUCGCUACAAGUGCUUGCAUGCUUGGGGGGAACAUAUAUAGCUGAUCGACUAAUAUGCGAAUGCGACCCUUCGAUGUUGAAGGUGGUUAACCACUGACUGAUGUUGCUGCUGACUGCAGCUGCUUGUAGUUAGACUGCAAUGACUGCUAGUUGAACCCAAGUCUAUAUAUGGUCAGUUGUAUUAGUUACUAAUUGUUCUUUUUACUAAACUAGCUAGUUUUCUGAGUUCUUUGACAUGUACAGGAGAUAAACUUGUAUAAACUUUUGCUUCACCACCUGUGCUGGAAUAAAAUUAGGUGCAAAUUUCC